AUCAGUGAGGACUUUGUUAUGGGGCUGUGAAGUGUGGUUAAGCAGCUUCCUCCCCUGCUCCCAGUUCUGUCUUACAUGCUCCCGACUCUGCUGAUUAGCACAUACUAAAGUUUUAGCAUCUGUUCCUGGAAUGUCCUCCUUGCUUCAGAUGAAUGAAGCACCUGUAACCCAUUCUACCCUAAAUGUGAAUUCCCAGCAGAAGAGCAAAGCAAAGAACAAUUUUAGGAAUACAUUUCAUUCAAAUGAAUUUUCAUCCAUUGAGCAGAGGCAAAAAUACAAAAAACAUUUUAAGAAGGACAAAAAUACAGCAGAAGACAUUACUGGUGAAGGGAAUUGCUCACCUCCGUGGAGACUCCUCUCUACUGUGCUUGGUGCCAUGUGCCUUCUUCUGAUGUCUGUAGUCAUGGUGAUGACCAUUUUCACCACAAACUUAUCUUCUGAAAGAUCAUCUUCUACUAUUCAGCAAGAAGGACUCCAUCAUCCCUGUCCAGAGAACUGGUUCUGGUUCAGGUGCAGCUGUUAUUACUUUUCCACGGAAGAGCUAAUUUGGAAAGAGAGUCAGCGUGCCUGCUUGUCUCUCAACUCCAGUCUCAUAAGGAUGAACAAAGAGGAGAUGAAUUUCUUCUCUUUGAAGACUUUCUUUUGGGUUGGAGUUUACUAUAACGAAACUCGCAGACAGUGGCUGUGGGAAGACCAUUCGGUUCUACCAUCUGGGACGUUUUCUUACCUUGAAGGUAAUAUGAAAAACUUCUGUGCAUCUUAUAAAUCCAAAGACGCUUAUUUGGCAGAAUCCUGUACAACUAAACUGACAUAUAUUUGCAAGAAGUAGCAUAUUUAAUCCAAUGAGUUCAUAAAAGAUAUGAAAACUAAUCUUUUCUUAUUUUUUUCUGGGGUACUUAUUUUAUGAAGAAAAUGUGGCAAAUGUUUGCCUUUGUUUAAAUAAAACUGCAUUCAAAUAUA